ACUUUCUCGCGGUAGUUCUCUGGCUAGUACGGUAGCGCGUUGAUUUGCGCGGAGGUAGUUUGUCGGAGGACGACGCAGGGUUCUCGUGGAAGCGGCCACUGAGGGCGCGGCAUUCUUGCAAUUGUUGCGCCCGGCUCCAACAGAAUAACCAAUAGGAGCCGCGGCAGCGCCGCCAUUCUAUCGAGUUCGUGGCACGCCCUACAACUUCCUCCAUUGUCCUUCUUUCCGGGAUUCUCUGCGAGGAAGGAUGGCUCAGAACAAUUAUUUUGGGUUUACUCACGGCGGAACGCAAUAUGGAGCGACCAGUGCAGCCGCUUAUCAAACUGGUCAAGCAGGAUACGCUGUAACUCCAGCGGCAACCGCCGCCACGUAUACUCAACGACCCGCUGCCGCCGCGGCUACAGGUUACGAAACUUACCAAGCGGCAGCCGCUGCAGCUGCUACAGGGACCACUUACGCUGCUGCCAACCCUGGUACUGUGGCCCAAACUUACGACUACGGUUACGGACGUGCUGCACCUGCAGCAACAUACGACGCUACUAAGACAUAUUAUCAACAACCUGCAGCAGCAGCUGCAACUUAUACUACUACAGAAACUCAUUACCAAGCAGCGAAGCCUGCGUAUAGUACAACCAGUGCUUACACAGGCACAGCGAGGCAAGCUACUACUACUGGACAAGCUAAAACAUAUCAGGCGUCCAGUACUGCCUAUCAGCAAUCUAAUCCGACACAGAGUGCUACAUACUCUUCGGGAUACACUGCGCCAGCUACUCCUGCUGCGACACCAUCGACAGCAACAAAUAAAACGGCGAGUACAACGUAUUCCGGCUACGACGCAGCGCUAUAUAGCGCUGCGACUAUGUAUGUAGCCCAACAGAGUGCAAACAGCAAUUCGACUAACCAGAAGACUGGAGGUUGGCAGGGCUACCCACGGAAAACAUUUGGCGCUGCAGGGGGAGCGAUGAAGGCAAUGCGGCCCAAACAGCCCCCCAAACCUCAACAGCUUCACUAUUGCGAUGUCUGUAAGAUCAGCUGUGCUGGGCCGCAGACAUAUCGCGAGCAUUUGGAGGGACAGAAACAUAAGAAGAAGGAAGCCUCUCUAAAAGUACCACAACAACCACCAGCACGCGGAGCAGGAAACAGUCUACGAUGUGAGCUUUGUGAUGUCACUUGCACUGGAAAUGAUGCAUACGCUGCUCACAUCAGAGGUGCCAAACAUCAGAAAGUUGUUAAACUACACACAAAACUUGGAAAACCCAUACCAAGUGCAGACCCAACUGUUUUGAACCCAAAACCUGUAGCUACUGUCAAAACUACUGGUACUAAGAAGCCUACGAUAACGGCCACACCUAAAAUUAAUUUUGUUGCUUCUGGAAACUUGGGCACUGUGAAUCAGAACCAAACUGCGGAAAUUAAAGCAGAUGAAGUAACAGCGGAAGAGACCGUAGAGGAGGCUGCUGUUGAUGAGAAAGAUAUUCAACCAGUUGGUCAAGAAUACAUAGAGGAGAAUAAAUCUGAAGAUGGAAAAAUUAUAAGUUUCAAUUGUAAGCUUUGCGAAUGCAGAUUUAAUGAUCCUAAUGCCAAAGACAUGCACAUGAAAGGAAGGCGACAUAGAUUUGCUUACAAAAAGAAAGUUAAUCCAGAUCUAGUUGUUGACAUGAAACCAAGUUUGAAACAAAGGAAAUUGUUAGAAGAAAAACUACGCAGACAACAGAUGCGUGACGAAUAUAUACGACGUCGUGAAGAAAUUAGUCAAUUAGGGCCAAUGGGUCCAAUGAUGGAUGAAGAAAUGAUGUAUUGGGAAGAACGUCGACGGUAUGAAGAAGAAUGCGAGUAUUAUGAAUGGUAUCGACGUUACGGACGUGGACCAGGAGCUCCACCAAUGCCACGACCUUUCCCAGGACCACCUCCGAUGAUGAUGUUCCCUGGUCCUCAGCGCAGACCAGAUUCAUCUGAUGACAAGCAUGUAUUAGCUCAUCACACAAAUAUUUAUCCGAAGGAACAGGAAUUGCUGGCAGUUCAAAAAAUAGUGUCAGAUACAGAGAAAGCAUUGAAAUUCGUAUCUGAUACUUUAGCAGAAGCUGGAAAGAAAACUGCAAGUCCGGUAACUACAAAUGCUGCACCAGCAACCCCGGUGGUACCUGUUCAACAGCAACAACAAUUAAAUGCAGAUACAGUAAAAGCAAAAGAAGAUUCAGAUAAAAAGAAAAAUACAACCCCACAGAAAGAAGAUGGUAGUGACGGCAAUUUAUUUUCGUUCCAAAAAGAGAAAGAAGAUUCGAGAAUACUUAGGGGCGUCAUGCGUGUCGGAAAUUUGGCAAAGGGACUUCUUCUAUCUGGUGAUAACCAUGUUUGUCUAGUAGUUCUCUGUGCAGAGAAACCAACACGGACGUUAUUAAAUAAAGUUGCUGAAAUUCUCCCGGCUCAAUUGAAGAUCGUAGCUCCCGAAGAUACCUACAAUGUUGGGAAACAUCCGGAAUCAGCUGCUUUAACAGUUUCUGGAGGCAGUGUGACUGUCAGUGUAACACUCACUAGUCCUUUAAUGCGUGAAACUCCUAAACCAGCAGCUGUUGCAGAUAAUGCUGGACAGCAGCAACAGGGAGCUGCUCAACCGCAAACAACACCCACGGCCCCCGCUGUGACGAAACCAGAUCCACCAGAUGUACUUCCCAAGGCUAAGUGUUUGGAGGCUUUAGCUGCACUCAGGCAUGCCAAGUGGUUUCAGGCUAGAGCUACAUCGCUGCAGAGCUGUGUUAUGGUCAUUCGCAUAAUGCGUGAUCUUUGUAACCGCGUACCCACCUGGGGACCACUGAACCCAUGGGCUUUGGAACUAUUGACGGAGAAAGUGAUAAGCACUGCUGGCGGACCUCUCAGUCCAGGAGAAGCUUUACGAAGACUCCUCGAAUGUGUUGCUGGAGGAAUAUUGCUUCCUGGAAGCCCAGGAUUGUCUGAUCCAUGUGAGAAGGAACCAGUUGAUGCAAUUGGUAAUAUGACAAAUCAACAAAGAGAAGAUAUAACUGCUUCAGCGCAGCACGCUUUGCGAUUAGUUGCGUUCCGUCAGAUCCAUAAAGUCCUUGGUAUGGAACAACUUCCUCCACCUAAAUAUAAAGGACGAUUCGCCAGAAAGCGAAGACGCGACAAUAGUAAUGGAGAAGGAACGGACAGUGAAGCUUCAAAAAAAGAUAAAAAAGCAGAGGAGAUCAAAAUGGAGACGGACUCCAAAUAGAUCUACCAAAAUAUUCGCUUUACCGAUUUACUCAUAACUUAUAUAGCAUAAGAAACAAAUUUUCCUCGUGUCAAUUGCUUGUUCAAUGAAACCUGUCUAUACUGGGAAGAUGUCAAAGUUUAGAUCAGAAUUAAUGACCUAUUACUAUAUUGCGACAACUGUUUCGAGUGUAGGUAUUUCUUUGGACAACUAGUGGCAUAAUUUUAAUUCGCAAUCAUAAUUUUAAUGGCGAAAGGAAAUGAUUAAAUCAGAUUAUAUCAUUAUAUACCUUGACUUUAUCUUAUACAUACGAUAACAUUAUGGAUUCUUCACCUUCCUACUAGUAGUAAGUCCAACGUUUGAAGGAAGAAAAUAAUGUAUUACUUGCAUUCUUGCAAGUACUUUAAAUUUAAAAUAGGUUUCGAACGUGUGUAAGAGCACGUUAUUUCUUCAAACUUAAUUCAUCUUAGAUUUAUUUCAUGAAACAUUUCGAUGUUAACGGCAAGUUAUAAAUCUUGUUGUUUCUAGAAUUUAUAAGAAUGACAUUUUUGCAAUUAUGUUAGUAUGUAAAAAACUCUUGAAGAAGACAUAAGAUCUUUCCCAAACAGGCAAUUGGUACGAUUAGUUCCAGCACUAGAAUUUUGUCGAAGAAAAUGAUAAAUGCGUUAAUUAGUUUGAAUUACUUACUUAGCUAUAUUUCAAAGUCACAAUAUAUGAUGGAGGAGUUUAAUAGAAAUGAUGGUAAAAAUAAACAUUUAUAAGUUUUGAAGUUAACACGUUCACAGUCCCGUGUCCCAUCUAUGGAUCAUGACGAUUUCAAACAAAAAAUUUAAUAAAUCAUAUCGCAAAUAAAAUUAGCCGAAAAGCUUUUUUUGAAUUUAGUACAAUAACACAGCAUUACAGUCUAUGGAAAAGAAGACUGCUUUAUUAUUGAUCUUUAAAGAAACCAUCGCCUUUAUCUAUAUUUGAGUUUACAUAUCUGAACUGUGAACGUGUUAUCUAUAGGUUAGUUUCUAUUGAGAAUUCGUGUGUAUGUUGUGUGUGUAGUCGUAAAAAGUGCAGUAUGUUUCCUGCACCUGAUAAGUCGUAUGUUCACGUCGCGUAUAUUAAUUCACGCAGAAGAUUCCGAGAAAGCAGAAUUGCAAGUCGAUUAUUGAAAUAGACGCUUUGCUGUCCAAUGAGGGUUAAGUGCACGUGUCAAGAAUUCCUAAUAUUUACUGCAGUUUUGUUUACCAAGAAUCUUACAGGAAGUUGAGUAACAUUUUAAAAUGUUCGUAUUAAAAUAAAUUUCUGACACAGUGUAUGGAUCUUCUGUUGUACACAUGCAAAUCCUCUUUGAAUAAAUCGAACAUGCAUGCGAUAAGUAUAAGUAUUUUUUUCACUACCAUAUUCCUUUGCAUAUGUAGCAUAAGCGAUUUUUUUUAAAUAACAAAUCGGUCUAAUGAUAAAUCCUCCAUAAUAUGAAGGCCACACACACAAUAGCACUCAAAUCGUAUGAUUAUGGUUACUAGGUAAUUUUUUACAAGAACGAACACUCAUUAUACAAAAGAAGUUACUUUAUUUUUGGAUAGCACCGAGCAGAACUGAGACUGAUAUUUUGUAUUAAUUUUCCAAUAAAUAUAUUAGAAGAUACAUUUAGAGUUAAUCAAAAUUUAAUUUAUGUAUGAGUUAUGAAAUUGAUGUGGCAUAUUGAUUCUGUUUGGUGCAACUAGUCUAUUCAAUACACGUGUUCACUGAUUUAAUCCCGUCAUUUUUCUUACGAUCUUGUACUUUCUAGGAAUAAUAUGAUUUAUAUUAAUUUCCUUUCUUGAUCGAACUGACACGCGCUUAAAAAUCAAUAUACAGUAAAGCAGUAGUAGCCACAGUAGUAACCACCUUUCGUUUCCUAUUUUACAGUAUUAUUGAAAAUGUAUUUGUACAUACUCGAGCUACAUGACAUAUGUAUUCUUAAUUUAUUGUCUUUUGAACCAAAUAUUAAUGUAACAGUAUGCUGUA